GAUGAGUCGCGCGUAUGUAUUGCUAUGGUAACACGGAACAUACGGAACGUGGAAUAGCGAUUCGGUUGUUUCUUUAUCUCAUAGAUUCAGCUGCGAGCGUCAGCUGUUCAAUAUGGAAUAGGGGGUACAGUCACUUGUAGGAAUCGUUCGAAGUCGAACUACUUGGUCGUUGGUCCCUAUAAUAUAAACUUGCGCGUGCGUAUGUGUUUGUGCAAGAGAAAGAAGCAGUGAGUUGAGAGUGAGAGUGAAAGAAGGGAGGCAAGAGGAGAGGAGUGGGAAGGAGAGAAAGCGAGAAGAAGAGAGAGCGAAAGCGUGAGGGAGGCAGAAAAGCGAAUCAAGGAGAGUAAGCAGACGGAGAGGAGCAAUCGUACGAGCACCAUACGUGCGAUUUAUGCAAAAUCUCGCGCGCAACGUGGAUGUAUUGACGCAAGGAUUAAAAUACGGCAUAUCUGGCCUCAUGAACCUCACAAAUCAGACUGCCGAUCCUCCAAGUGGUGUUUUCUUUGUUAAUUUUAAUCAGGACUGCACAUCUCUAGCAGUAGGAUCAAAGGCAGGGUAUAAACUCUUUUCUCUCAGCUCCUUCGAUCAACUUGAGAAAAUAUAUGAAAAUGAUACAGAGGAUAUAUGUAUCGUUGAAAGAUUAUUCAGCAGUAGUCUUGUUGCAGUUGUUAGUUUAUCAUCCCCCCGUAAACUUAAAGUGUGUCACUUUAGAAAAGGAACAGAAAUUUGCAAUUACAGUUAUUCUAAUACCAUUUUGGCUGUGAAACUUAAUAGAGCGAGAUUGGUAGUAUGUUUGGAAGAGUCAUUAUACAUUCAUAAUAUAAGAGACAUGAAAGUAUUACAUACAAUACGUGAUACACCACCAAAUCUUGCAGGACUUUGUACACUUUCAAUAAACAGUGACAAUUGUUAUCUAGCCUACCCAGGCUCAAAUACAAUUGGAGAAGUUCAGAUAUUUGAUGCUAUUAAUCUUCAAGCUAAAACAAUGAUACCAGCACAUGAUAGUCCUCUUGCUGCUCUUGCAUUCAGUCCCAAUGGCACCAAAGUUGCUACUGCCUCUGAGAAAGGGACUGUAAUUAGAGUUUUUCAUGUAAAUGACGGAACAAAAUUAUUUGAAUUUCGUCGUGGAGUUAAAAGAUGUGUGUCCAUUAGCAGUCUGGCCUUUAGUAUGGAUUCUAUGUUCCUUUGUUGCUCUAGUAAUACCGAAACUGUACACAUUUUCAAAUUAGAAGAACCAAAAGAAGCGCCUCGACAAGCUCAAGCAGAGGAAUCACAAAGCUGGAUGGGCUAUUUAACAAAGGCUGUAUCUGCAUCAGCGAAUUAUUUGCCUUCGCAAGUAACAGAUGUUUUUAAUCAAGGACGUGCAUUUGCUAGCGUUCAUUUACCAUUUUACGGUUUAAAAAAUAUUUGUGCCAUUACUGUGACACAUAAGGUACCAAAGCUAUUGGUGGCUAGUGCCGAUGGUUAUUUGUAUGUAUACAAUUUGGAUGUAACAGAGGGAGGAAAUUGUACACUUUUAAAACAACAUAGGUUAGAUGGUAAACAAGAUGAAGUAGAUUGUGCUACUGUUUCUUCAACUGGUUCUGGCUCUGGAGAAGCACAAGCGACAGCUACAGCAUCUGUACAAACAGUACAAAAUUCAGCCUGCAUAAAUAGCUACGCGGGUGCGUUACGUGGUCGUUCACCAGACUCCAUGUCAGGUACUGAAUCAGAGAAAUAUUAUGAGAUGAUAGCAGCAGCCGAAAGUCCACCAAAAAGUAGAGGACCAUUCCGACUGGAUGAUGAUACAGAAUUUCCUCCUGUUACACAAAGGACAGAUUGAAGAAAAUAAUUAAGGCAUAUCAUAGGAAUUAUGUCAAGAUUUAGAAUAUAUAGUGGUGAUUGGAAAACGUGGAGAGCAUAUUAAAGUGCAGAUUGUUCAGAAUUUAAGAACAUGUUUCACACUUCGGCUUCAGUAAGAUCAACAAUUAGGUGACAUUACCAAGAAUGUUGCACAUUUAAUAUAUAAGGGAAUUGAUAAAAGCAAAUCUUUUUACAUGAUCAACUAUUUGUUCUUAAUAAACCAACAUAAUUUUUUCA